ACCAACGCUGACGGUCAUGGCCAACUCCGCCGCCUGACUGGUCCCUACCCAACCACAAACAACAGCUCUUCGACACGAGCAGAGAACAAUACCCUGCACUGCCUACUCUUGCAUUUACUUUCCUGAUCAAUCAUGUCGGAUCCCCUUGGUGUACUGGACGAUGAGCCCGGGCCUUCUCGAAGGAGACGAGGGGAACCGCUGGACUUGCAUGAACGGAUGAUACUCGCCCAACGACAGAAGAAUAGAGAUAGGGCAACAAAGCAACGCGAAGACAGGCGUACACCGGAGCCGUCAUCCCCGCAAGCCCCGCCUCCUCCUCUCCCGCCCUACCCACCACAGCUCCUCUCUUCCCCUCGUCAACCUGUACGACCACCUCCCCCUCAAGCACGCCCUCCCCCUCCAGUACCGAGGAAAGACCCGUAUGCGAGGGGAGCGCCGGCGGGGAGGCUGUUUGACCCUGCUUCCGAUCCUAUCCCUGUUGCUCCUCCUGCUCCUAUAACCGGCACACCAAUAGCACCAGGGAUGGCAGCAGGAGCAGGAGCAGGCCUAGGAGUGGGCGUAGGCACGCACGGUCGACCACUCCCAGCCCCUCCCAGAGGAUAUACGCAGCCGCAGCCCCCUCCUCCCCCUUCCUUCUCCCCGGCACAUACCAACGCGCACUCUCCCGCGCAGCAUUCCCGACUGUUCGAUCCAAGCAGGGACGACCCACUGCGGUUCAGCGUCCUAAACCGGGGUCAUGCUGCGCCUGCGCCCUCCCUCCCCCCCUCUCAGCCAAACACGUCCAUUCUCCCCCCCAUACCACCAAGUCUCUCCUCAACGCCUAUGGGCCCCCGGUCCCAAGCAAUAUCCCGCAACGCCGUCCUCUCAGGAAUAUCAAACGGCACAUCCUCGAGCCUCUCCCAGUCUCUCCUCGGUUCCAGCGCAACAGGGACGACCGGCACGACGGGGCACACGUCUUCUAGCGUACUGCUCAGCACGCCCGCGACGAGCAACUACCUUUCCGGCCUUGUACUCCCCCCUGGGGCGCUCGUAGGCCCCCACGCAAAGGGAGUUAUACCCAUGCCACCGCCGAGCGCGUACUCGGGGUCAGCGGGGUCGGUCGCAUAUACCAGCGCUUCGAGCGUGAGCACCGAGAGCAGUAUCCACCUUUCUGCGCCUCUUCGAUCUGAGCGAUCAGGGGACAGCGCACGCAACGGCCUAGUAGUGAAGAUGAAGAAGCUUUAUGAGAAUAUCACUGAGCGCGAGAGGGAGUGUGAGAGAGUAUUGGGAAGAGUGGAAGAUCUGGCCCAGGAGGCGGGCUUUGGGAGGGAGGCGAGGAGGCUGGGAAAGGAGAGGGAGUGGGCGGUCUCGAGGGAGGAAAUGGAAAUGGAACGCAGGUGGUGGUUUAGUGUCGUCGAUUAUCAUGAAGAGCUCGCAGACGCACAUCACGCGAUGUUCAAGAUUGGCCUGCACCCACUCACUGCCGGCGCCCUCGAAAAAGUCAUAGCGCGGUACAACCUCCCCACGCGUCUGUGGCAGCGGGUCUGGCACCUUCUCCGGGUGCUCGUCGACCGCGCCCGAUCACCGAACCCCCCUCCUCUCCCUACUUCCCUCACAAAAGAACCUAUCAGCACCUUCCGCUCCCGACUCACCCCUGAACAAGUAAGCAGCAUGUCCCCUUGGGCACGCCCGAACCCUCCAAAACGACCCGCCAGCACCCACCUGCACCUUACACCCCGCCUAGUAGCUGCCGAGCUCGUACAAGUCGCUUUCGCCUGGGCUUGGGAACUGUACGCCGUCCUCUGGGAACAGAGGACGAUCGUCCAUGUUGAGCAGAUCAACCUUAGUGUCUGCUGGAGCGAGGCCAUGGGGGACCUGGCGAGGUUUAGGAUGGUAUGGGCUAAGGAGCGGGAGAACGAUGUUGCUCCGCUGCUGGUGGCGAGUGAAUCUGGAUCUGUUGGCUCACGGUCGGCGUUUUCCGCUCCAUCGGCUAGGGGGCACCUGGACGAAGAUGAAUAUGGGGAGGAGGAUGGGGAAGGGGAGGGAGAUGGGGAUGUGGACAUGGACGAAGAUGAAGACCAUAUGUCGCUCGACGCUUCCUCUGGUCGGCUGCUCCAGCCCCAACCCCGCCACUCCCAGUUUCCUCGCAAGCCCUUACGAUCUUCCAACCUCCAGCGACUCACUACGCCCAAUAAUGCUGCUAGCGCGUCCCACCGCCCCUUCCCGCUCCUGAGCCAGUCCCCAAACCUCCCCUCCCAUUCUCCCCUUAACGCCUUCGUCAACUCCCACGCCGCACCAGUCAUGGUACCCAGUAUCGGAAUGGGCGCUGUAGCCCUUUGGCCCCCGAUCUUGGACACGGAAGUGUGGCGGAACGUCGCGCAGGAAUGGUACUGGCGUGGCUUGGGCGAGAUGCCAGGCGUAGGAAGGCUGCAGCAUCAUCUUGGUCUCCUGGCACAAGCUGCGCAGACAGAAGGUAGCAAUGCGCUCGAAGGCACCGAGGCCCGCGUCGCGUACCAUUUCCUCAAGAGCUUGACAAGCUCCCAACCGCACGUGACUGCUCGCGAGUCCGUCCUGUCACUCUUCAGCGUGGAUAAGCAACGUGCGCGUGCAGCACCGGAUGCGACUACCUCGGAGCUCUUCGUCCUCUUGCACGGCAUUCUGUACACUCGUGUUCAGCUCGACGACUUCGCGCCCACCAAAGCGAGGCUCGACGAGCGCCUGCGAAUUGAGUUGUCCGACAUGGACACUGCGGGCAACGUCAGUGAGAGCGAGUGGAUCAUGUGGGGUGUCAUGUGCCUCGCCGCUUGUGCCGAGUACGGAAGAGAAGAGGGGGUGAUCAAGAAAGCCGAAGGGCGGUUAAGGAAGAUGGACAAGGAGGAUGCGGAUGAGGACAUGGAGGACGUCGUCGAUGGCGUUGCUGCUCUUACCGCCGACACCAGUCAAGAUACCGAACCGUUCCCACUCACGUUCCGCCUUGCCUUGAAGUUCACGUUCGAUCUGCUCGCGAUCGUGCUUGAGCAUCCGUACCACCUUGCACCGCCCUACUACACGCCUCACCUCAAUCCUUUCAUCGUCAUGAUGUUCACCUACCUCUCCACCAUCGCAAAGUCCAGCAAGGCAAUGACGAUCGUUGAACGCUACGUGCCAUGGGAGCAGCUAGCUCGUUUCGUACAAGGUCAUGUUCAGCGCAUGUCUCUCGGAGACCAUGAACGUGCUGCCAAGCUGCGUGCGGAGAAGCCCAACUCUGGUGGGAUCCUUCCAGAAGACUGGGCGCUGCGUGGCAUGGACUGGGUCACUCGGCGGGUCUACCAGAAGGGCUUCUGGGACAAAAGGCCCCCCAAGCCGGAAAUUGUAUAUGACGCCAAAGGACGACCGACCAUCAAGGGCGUGGCGCACGAGCUCGUCUCUGGAGAAUCGGACGUUCUAGCCCUUGGUGUCGAGUCAGCGUUUAGCUCGCCUUCUGCCCCGGUAUCUGAGCUUGUCAGAGAUGGCAUUGUGGAAGAUGAAAGUGAAAAUAUGCGGGACGCCUGGAUCGACUUGGCAAAGAGAAGAUGGAAGCGUGUCAUGGGUGCCUCUGCCAUGCUCGAAAAAAGGAUACGUGGCUGGCAAUGGGAGGAUGGUCGUGGCUGGGUCGUGGGCGGGGAGCUCGGAGACAAGCUUGCCGCGUGGCGCGAGGAAGAUGAACGCGAGCAGAGAGAGAAGGAGGAGGAAGAGCGGAGGCUCAGGAACCGCGCCUGUAACGAUGACAUGGAAGCGGAUCAGCAGAUACCCAUCGCAGAAGCUGAUGACGAAAUUGAUGGUGAAGUUGACGAAGUGGUGCAGGCCCUUUUGGUCCAGCGCACGUCGUUACGCGAUCAGCUGGAUUCUCAGCAGCGCCUGCUUGUCGGCCGUGCUGCGCGAUCCACCUCGUACCCUCCCAUUUCGAAGCCCGCUAGGGCGGCACCGCUGUCACGGGUCCGGCGGGACUUACAAGUCGAACGCGGCUAUACCAUUCUUGUGCUUGAUACCAACGUUUUGAUUACGUCUUUGCUCCAAGUUCAAAAUCUUAUCGAAGGGUUGCGAUGGACGGUUGUCCUUCCUUUACCUGUCCUCGCUGAGCUCGAUGGCCUCCGUUCUCACCCGAGAUUGUCCGAUAUGGCAACGCUAGCUCUGGAGUACAUAAAGAGCCACGUUCGAACACAUUCGAAGUCUCUCAAAGUGCAAACCAGCAAAGGCAAUUAUCUUUCUAACCUUGCUGUCACAACGGAGGUUCUCGACUUUAGUGGAGCCGCCCGCAAUAUCGACGGGCUCAUCCUGGAUGCCGCGGCAUGGCAGUUGGACCACUUCGUUGAUCGCACAGCCAUCCUCGCUACCAACGAUGAGAUGGUGUCCGAACCGACAGAGCAGACAUCAAAGGUGGUGCUACUCACCUUCGAUCGUAACAUGCGGCUACGGGCUCGCAGUCGGCAGCUGGAUGUCGCAUCUCCAAACGAAGUUGCCGCUAUCCUUCUUUCAGACUGAUUCGCGUAUGAUUCGCUUUGGACUUGAGAUAUCAAAGGAUUCGUGAGGUUGCACUAGGCAACAUGGCGUUUGAGGUUAGAAGUUUGUUUCGUUC